UAGACCCAAGCCAUCUUUGGAAAUUUCACUUGAAUUUCAAAUCAACUUAACCUCGACUGCUUUAUAUUAUUGUAAAAUAAUUGAGUUUCGUCGGACACAGUUUUUUGCAAGGAUAUCAGUUUGUGCAACCGCUUCGUUUGAGUAUCUUAGACGUUCGUACAAAGCUUUUGAACAAUUGGCCAGCACGGGACUCCGUUGUCUGUGAAAAAAGAAGUAAACAUUUCUGGGUCACAAAGAUCCAUGGAUGCCCCUUCAAGAUUUAACAAAGUGCGUCAUUUCUGCCCGAACCUUCAAUGAAAGGAAGUUUAUUUUGACAGGAAUACGUCUCUGUGAGUGAAAGCUGAUGAAGAAUGAAACAUGUAGGAGAAUGUGUACAAGGGUACAUGUAAGCUUGUUCUAUGCGGCAGUCAUUUUCGCAACUUGCUGCCCGGGAAUAUCGGCAACAGUUGAGACGCACGAGUUCCGCCUUCUCAGGAAUCUUUUCAAAAAUUACAAUAAAGAAGUGCGACCAGUCUUCAACACAAGUAACCCUGUUCAUGUCAAGUUUAGUUUGAGUUUGAUACAAAUUAUUUCAGUGAACAGCAAGUCUCAACUCCUGACCCUCAACGUCUGGAUUAGACAGAAAUGGAUUAAUCCAAUGCUAGGAUGGAACGAAUCCGAAUAUGGUGGAAUAAAAUCAGUAAAUGUGGACCCUUCCAAAGUAUGGAUACCUGACGUCAUUCUUUAUAACAACGCUGAUGACAGCAACGGAGGUGGACUGGAAAAAUAUAAGACUGCUGUAAUUUUGGCUGCUGAUGGAACCAAUGAAUGGAACGCCCCUGCGUCUUUUACAAGCACUUGUAAGAUCAACGUGGCUAACUUCCCAUUUGACAAGCAGAACUGUUCGCUAAAAUUUGGUUCAUGGACGUUCCAAGGGGACCGCUUGACAAUGGAGUCGGAUUCGGAUUCCGCUGAAUUGAAAUUAUACAUACAAAAUGGAGAAUGGAACCUUAUUGAGAUGCCAGCGAAACUGAAUAAAGUGUUUUAUAACUGCUGCAAAUAUCCUUAUCACGAUGUGACGCUGAAUUUGAUCAUCAAAAGAAAACCUCUCUAUUAUGUUUUCAAUUUAAUCCUACCUUGCGCUUUGAUUUCCACACUUACACUAAUCAAGUUCUUUCUACCACCGGAAUCUGGAGAAAAAGUCGGUUUGGGAAUCACGGUGCUAUUAGCAAUGACUGUCUUCUUGUUACUCGUAGCUGAGACACUACCCGCUACUUCAGACGAUGUUCCGUUACUUGGUCAGUAUUUCAUCGCUACAAUGUUUGUCACUGCAAUGUCACUCGUCAGUACUUGUACCAUUUUGAAUUUUUUCCACCGCAGUCCGUCGACUUCACCAAUGCCUCAGUGGGUCAGAGUUAUCAUUCUUGGCUACAUGGCAAAAGUGUUUUGCUUCCCAAACGACAAAGAGGAGGAAAUUAAAGUUACACCCAAAACCAAAAGAAGAAAAAUUGAAUUUGACUUAAACGGCGACGUCGUGUGCGACGAUGACACGUACAUGACAGUCCAAGAGCUCGAGAGUUCAGCCAGGUUUCGGGAUGACAUGUCCGUGAUAUAUCAGAGUGGUCGAAGUACUCCAAGCAGGCGAAGUGCCCGCAGUAUGAGUAUCGUAGGGGGUCACUGCUCGUUCACAGAGAGACUCCUCGAGGACAUAAGCAUUCUGGCCGACGAUGUACGUGCCAGACAAGAAGAUGACAGGCAAAGGGAGGAAUGGCGCAUUGCUGCUCUCAUCAUGGAUCGGAUGUUUUUCUGGUUGUUCUUGUUCAUAACUUCCCUUUCAACAUUUUUAAUUUUUUUCCGAGAAACCGUAAUGGGUUGAGUUCAAUAGGACCAGAAACACUUGUGUCAUGAGCUUUUUUUUUUUAGACCAGAAAUGUCGAACUUGAUUUAAAACUGAUCUCCACAAGUGGAUGCUCAACAGCGGACUGGUGCAGUUCGGAAAUAAGUUCAUAAGAUAUUGCAAAGCAUUCUGCAUAUGCUUUCAGCCAUCCAAAUUUUUCAAAUGCCACUUUGUAUAAUGCGGAUCGCACAUUUAAUUUCUAAGUAAGAAAAACUAGCUGUAUAUAGGUAAGCAGACAAACCUUUUUUCUCGUCACGUAAUAUCUUCAGAAGCUUGUUUGACUGGUUUGUUAUUGGAUAUGUAGAAAUAGAUGCUAUGUCUUUUCAUUACUUCUUUCCUCAUAAAAAUUAAAGCUCAGUUCUUUUGGAGGUUACCAGAAUGAUUCAAUAAUAUCUUUCAGUUAAAAAUGAGGAUAUAUGAAAGUAAACUUUAUGUUUUAAGAUGUGGUAUGUUGGGAGAACAGAUAUCAAUUCAGUGUUUGAAGAAAACAAGUUAUCAGAGAUAAUUAUGUGUUAUCAUGGAUAUCGAGCAGACCCUUUCCAAAAAUUGUGAACAACAUUUGAGGGCAUUUCCCAUGGGAAAAAUGAUCCUCGCAGCCAGGGCAUCCAUGGCUUCAAGCAGAAUAACCACUGAAAGAUUCAACUCUGUCUGAACAGAAACAUUAGAUAUCUGACGGUUUAAGAUAGAUCAAUUAUUGCAAACAUAUUUGCCAAUGGAGCUUAAGUGCCUAAAAUUGUACACCCUCUCACUCUUUAAACAGCACUCUCUCAACUGAAUAAAAACUUAGCUGAAGGAAAUUUUAUAUAUGUUCAGGAUUUCUGACUUUGAUUUUGCUGUAGAUUGAUUUCCAGUUCAAUAUUUACAGAUUUAAUUUCAACCGCAGAGUUUCGCAGAGCCUAACAUUUGCAUUACAGUAACAGUAGAGUUUUCGACGCAUUAAAGCUACGACAGUUUGUGUAAAGCCUUUCCCUUAUUAAAAACGUAUUCUUGAUUAG